AUGGCUCAACCCCAGAUUAAACUUACCUACUUUGAUAUCAAGGGCCGCGCAGAGCUCGCGCGCAUGAUCUUCAACUAUGGCGGCAUUGCGUUCACGGACGAACGUAUCAGCAGAGACGACUUUGCAACGCUUAAGCCGACGCUACCAUUGAAACAGUUGCCUGUUCUGGAAGUCAACGGCACGAUCUACGCUCAAAGCAUGGCCAUCGUCCGUUACGCAGCCAAUAUCACGGGCCUGUACCCGAAUGAUGCGGUCGAAGCGCUCAAGGCCGACAUGUUUUCUUACGCACUGGCUGAGCUAGAUGCCCCUCUUGUAGACUUCUUAUUCAAGACGCCGGAUGAGACCGAGAAGGCUAAGAAAAAGAAGGUCUUUAUUGAAGAGCAGGUGCCCACGCUCUUUGCCGCCCUUGAGAAGAGGGUAACUGGCAAGUUUGUUACCGGCGACAACCUUUCGUUUGCUGACUUUAAUCUUCUCGACGACGUCGAAAACAAGGUGAAGGGGGCGUUCCCGGAUUUUGACAUGGACAAGUUCCCCAAACUCGCGUCGGUGCUGGCUAACGUCAAGGCGGAUCCCAAGGUUGCCGCUUAUCUGUCCAAGAAAUAG